ACAUUCUCAAUCUCACACCCCAAUUUAUUUAUGCAAGUUCUUCUCCUUCUCCUCCUCCUCUUCACCCCACAAGUACCCUAGCUAGCUAGCUCCUUUCUCCCUUCACCACACAAAACCAAACCAAAAAUGGUGAAAUUCUCAAAGGAGCUCGAAGCUCAACUAAUACCAGAAUGGAAGGAGGCCUUUGUUAACUACAGGCAGCUCAAGAAACACAUAAAGAGGAUCAAACUCAAUAGAGUUUCGAAGCAAUUACAAGCCCCAGAAGAGACCUUUGGUCGCUCCGUUUUCGAUUCCUUUCGCUUCAUAACCAACAAGUUCUGCAAUUCAGACAACAAUCAUAAACAAGACAUGAUCCAGGUGAGGAGAAAAACAACGGAAGAGAGUGAAGAAGUGUAUGAAACUGAGCUGGCACAAUUGUUUUCAGAAGAGGAUGAAGUGCAAGUGUUUUUUGCAAAGCUGGAUGGAGAGCUUAACAAGAUAAACCAAUUCUACAAGAAGCAGGAGACUGAGUUCAUUGAGAGAGGAGAAAUGCUGAGCAAGCAGCUUAACAUCUUGCUAGACCUUAAGCAAAUUCUCAGCGACCGACACAAGAAAAAUCCGUCGCUAAAACCUUCUAAUACUGGAGUUUUUCCUCAUCCUCCAGGCCAAGAAAGUAUUGGCGAAUCAAUUCAUGAUAAUUCAGAAGUUUCACAAAUGGAUGAAGUAAUCUCAACGUUGGAAAGAAAUGGUCUAAGUUUUGCGAAUUCGGCAAUGAGGGUAAAGACAAAGAAGAAGGGAAAGCCUCAUAUGGCCAUAAGAAUUGAUAUUCCAGCCACCACUCCUACGGCUGUUACUUCCAUGUUGUGGGAGGAUUUGGUGAACAGUCCAAUUAAACCAGAGUAUGGUGGAGAGUUCAUUAACAAGAGAAAAAUUCAGUGUGCUGAGAAGAUGAUUAGAAGUGCAUUUGUAGAGCUCUAUAAAGGUCUUGGCCUUCUCAAAACUUACAGCUCAUUGAAUAUGGUAGCAUUCACAAAGAUACUCAAGAAAUUUGACAAGGUGUCUAGUCAAAAGGCUUCUGCAAAUUAUAUGAAAGAAGUGAAGAGAUCCCAUUUCAUUAGUUCUGACAAGGUUGUUAGACUAAUGGACGAAGUGGAAUCCAUAUUCACAAAGCACUUUGCCAACAAUGAUAGGAAAAGAGCAAUGAAGUUUUUAAGACCCCAACAGCCAAAAGUUUCUCAUACGGUCACCUUCCUUGUCGGGUUGUGUACAGGUUGUUCUGUAUCCUUGUUUUGUGUAUACGUAAUCUUGGCGCAUAUGUGUGGUAUAUUCUCUCCUAGUACAGAACCAGCUUAUAUGGACGCUGUCUACCCAGUUUCCAGUGUGUUUGCAUUAUUAAGCCUGCACUUGUUUAUGUAUGGAUGCAACCUGUACAUGUGGAAGAGUACAAGAAUCAACCAUAAUUUCAUAUUUGAAUUCUCACCAAGCACAGCACUGAAGCACAGAGAUGCAUUUCUGAUGUGCACUACCCUCAUGACAACUGUGUUUGGGGCAAUGGUGGUACACCUGCUACUAAGGGCUGGAGGUUUUUCUCCUGGCCAAGUUGAUGCCAUUCCUGGAAUCAUUUUUUUGUUCUUUGUAGGUCUUCUCAUUUGCCCAUUUGACAUUUUUUAUCGCCCUACUCGUUUUUGCUUCAUCCGGGUUAUUCGUAACAUAGUUUGCUCUCCAUUUUAUAAGGUUCUGCUGGUAGACUUUUUUAUGGCUGACCAACUAACUAGCCAGAUUCCAUUGCUAAGGCAUUUGGAAACAACAGGUUGUCACAUUUUUGCUAGAGUUUUCAAGUCACACCACCCUGAGGCAUGCCAUUCUGGAAGGCUAUACAUAGAAAUAACUUACCUUAUCUCAUUUUUGCCAUAUUGGUGGCGUGCAUUACAGUGUGCAAGAAGGUGGUUUGAUGACCGUGAUGUCAACCAUUUGGCUAACAUGGGGAAGUAUGUGUCAGCAAUGGUUGCAGCAGGAGCUAGAGUCACAUAUAGCAGGCAAGAUAGCCAUCUAUGGUUUGCUAUAGUCUUGAUCACUUCUGUGGUGGCCACAUUUUACCAAUUGUAUUGGGAUUUUUUCAAGGACUGGGGGUUUUUCAAUCCCAAAUCCAAAAAUCCUUGUCUCAGAGAUGAUCUAAUUCUAAAGAAUAAAUGCAUAUACUACAUGUCUAUUGCAUUGAAUGUUGUCCUAAGAGUGGCUUGGGUGGAGACUAUAAUGCACCUCAAAGUGGGGCCUGUUCAAACUAGGCUACUAGACUUUUUGUUGGCUUCACUAGAGGUUAUUCGACGAGGGCAUUGGAAUUUCUACAGGUUGGAGAAUGAGCAUCUAAACAACGUGGGUCAUUUCCGGGCAGUGAAGGCAGUUCCACUACCAUUUCGUGACAUAGACUCAGACAGCUGAAGUGAUUUUCUCACACGUGUACAAAUUGUCCUGUAAAAGGAUAAGGCAAUAUAGCCCCAAGGGAAUAAAAUUUUGAACGUGACAUCCCUCACCAUGCAUUGGACACCAAAUGUAAUGCCAAAAAAUAGAAUACAAAACAGAUGGCAUUUUGUCCUAUGAAUUCGCUGAAACAACUUUUGAAUUUCACGUUCUAGAUCAACAUCCUUAGUAACAAAAAAAAAAGGAUGUAUUCUUGUCUUUUUGUCUUCUAUUUCUGUUUUGCUAAAUCGGUUUUAAAUAACCAAUUUGAAGAUCGUGUAUCGAAUAUUUUUGUAAAUUGCAAUUAAGAAAAUUAGAAGU